GAUUUUGCCAUGCCUGAGCCAGCUAAGUCUGCUUCUGCUCCGAAGAAGGGCUCCAAAAAGGCGGUGGCCAAGGCCCAGAAAAAGGACGGUAAGAAGCGCAAGCGCAGUCGCAAGGAGAGCUACUCCGUGUACGUGUACAAGGUGUUGAAGCAGGUUCACCCGGAUACUGGUAUUUCUUCCAAGGCCAUGGGUAUCAUGAAUUCAUUUGUCAACGACAUCUUCGAGCGCAUCGCGGGCGAGGCGUCACGUCUGGCGCAUUACAACAAACGCUCGACCAUCACGUCCAGGGAGAUCCAGACAGCCGUGCGCCUGUUGUUGCCUGGGGAGUUGGCCAAGCAUGCCGUGUCCGAGGGCACCAAGGCUGUUACGAAGUACACCAGCUCCAAAUAA